AUGAAAACCCGUUUUAGGAGUUUCAAUAACAUCUUGUUCUCCGACGAAUCGAAUUUUCACAUCAACGGUCAUGUGAAUAAACAAAAUUGCAGAUACUGGGCUUCCAAGAAUCCGUUAGAACUUCAUCAGAAGCCCUUGCACUCGCCAAAAGUUGUUGUUUGGGCUGCCAUAUCAAGUCAAGGAAUUAUCGGUCCUUAUUUUUUUGUGGAUGACCGAGGUCGAACUCAGACCGUUCAUUCUGACCGAUAUUGCCAUAUGAUCCGAACUAUUUUGGCUACAGAAAUGCAAAACCAGAAGGGCUACAACCGCAAUAAAUUUUUCCAGCAGCGUGGAGCCACUUCUCAUGUUACAAAUGACUCAUUAGCUGGUCUUCACAAUUUAUUCCCUGGAAGAGUGAUAAGGCGCCGAGGAGACAUCAAUUUGCCACUAAGGAGCCCUGAUUUAAUGUCUACCUAUUCUUUUUUUUUCUAUGGGGCUACCUAA